AUGGACAGCGAUGACAUCAGUGCUGACGACAAGGGCCUCUUGCUCUCGGGUCUGGGCGGACUCAGUGAAGACGAGGUGACAGGGGUAAAAGAUCGCCUGCGGCUGCGUUUGGGAAUUCUGUCGCCCAAGACGUUGGUCUCUGGCAAGACGCUGCUGGAUGCUGUGGCCGCGCUUGGACUAACGCGAUACACCGAGGAGGACAUGAAUGAGUUUGUCAACAUGCUGGGGGACUUCAUCUCGCUGGAGUUCGAGGCAAAGCCACAGAAGAGAACGAACCAGACCAAUGAGUCCACUGGCACGUCCUCUGUGAAUUCCCUCUUCUUCGGUCAUGAAGCACCAGAACCUCUCGACACCAAGUUGGGCAAGCCUCACUGGCAGUGGCCGAAUCCAAUGUCAUCUCAGAGUUCUCCCAAUGUGCGCUCGAGCGCGAGCAUGAAGAAUGGAGCGGUGUCAAACGUGAUCGGCCAGCAGUCGAGAGCGCCGGUGUUAUACAACAUGGUCCCUGCACAGCCUUUGCUAGACAUCUUCCUGGCACAGGAGACGGACGUGCACAAAAGGAUUUUUGGAGCAAAAGGCUUAAAUCAGUACAGGGCCAUGAAAGAGAUCCUUCUGGCAGGCGACACGAACCGCUUAGUGGCAGAAUUGACCUUUGUACGAAUCAAUGACCUUGCGGCGCCACCAGAGCCAAUGCAUCCGAUCAUGUACCUGGAACCUCUGGUAGCCAUCUUGAUUGUUGGCAAUGGGAUCAUGAUAGGCUUCCAGACUGAUCCGAGCUACAAGGAAUGGAAUGGCUGGGUUUAUUUUGAAAUCGGAUUUGCCAUAUGUCUGAUUCUGGAAGCCGGUCUGCGCAUGUACAUGUUGGGUUGCUUCGGCUACUGGUGCGGAUCUGAACGGUUUUGGAACUGGUUCGACCUCUUCCUCAUGUGCACGGGCCUGUCAGACAUUACCAUCCAGCUUCUGGACGACGGACAGUCGGGCAUGGCAGGAACAUCUCUCCUAAGAUUCUGCCGCUUGAUACGCCUAGUUCGUAUUGUGAAGGUGUUCCGCAUCAAAUUCAUGAGAGAUUUGCGUCUCAUGGUGAAAGGGCUACUCGCUGGCAUCCGGACGUUGGCCCUGGCCUUUGUCCUACUCUUUACCGUCUUGUAUGUGAUCUCAGGCUUCGCAACGAUGACAAUAGGAGGCAGCUCAGUCACCGAGGAACUGAAGCUGACAGUUUACUUUGACAGCAUCCCAAACUCCAUGUUUACAGCAUUCAGAUGCUUCACGGGGGAGUGCGUGAACGACGACGGGGAACCCAUCCACUCUUUGCUUGCCUCGAGGUUCGGGUUGCCUUUCAUAGCCUCGUAUGUUGCCAGCUACAUGCUGGUAACCAUGGGCAUCUUCAACGUGAUCUUGGCGGUCUACGUGGACAUAACCAUGAAGGCCGCCAAGGAGAAUGAUGCAGUCACGGCCGAGCAGUAUUCUCGUGAGUCAAUCCGGGUUGCACGGACCACGCGGGAGCUCCUGAAGAAGUUUGCUGCGGCAUAUCACUCUUUUCAUGGGGAUCACCACCGCCGUCGCCACGGUUUUCCCCAUGACGAGCACGACUCCGAGUCCAAGCUCACCUCUCCAGCCAAGGCUUUGUACACAGAGGAUGGCAUGCAUGACAAGAUUGCCAUGACGAAAGAGUUGUUCCUUCUUGUCAUUCAGGAUCGUGGUGUUCAGAAGCUUAUGGAUGACCUGGAUCUACCUCAUGAUCGCGCCAAUCUCUUCGAGAUCAUCGAUGCGGAUGGCAGCGGCACCCUUCAAAUCACAGAGCUCUUGCAAGGCCUCCUGAAGAUCCGUGGCGAAAUAAACAAGAGUGACACCGUUGCAUCCCUUUUGGCCACGAAGGCCGUGUUCAGCAUGCUAAGCGAGAUGAAAGAGGAGCAACUCCAGGAGUUCAAAACCAUACGGGCAGAGUUCGCUCAGGCUUUGUGCCUCCACUUGGGCAGGCUAUCAAGGCUAUCGGCGCAAUUGGCGCCACCAGUUCCAGCCCUUGGGGCAAGUGCCACCACAUCUUUGCACACGAAAGAACCACCGGAGCAAGACAAGGGCUCCGAGGGCCCUGUCCUUGAUCUGGAUCAGGUUCGAACGUCUGCCAAACCCGAGGCCGCGGAAGAUGCUGAAGCUCAGCCCUCAUGA